AUGAAGUUCUCACGAGUUCUCUACUUUGCCUCUCUUGCCCUAGCUGCACCUGCAGCUCUUGUUGGGAAAGACGAGCCAGCUCUUCUACUUGAAGAGCGACAGAACGACCCAGUUUCAGCCGUUGUCACUUCACUCAACUCGGUGACGAAUACCAUCAACACCAGCGUUGGCGCGAUCCAAUCGGCACUCAAUGGAAUCACCGGAAAUGUUGAUGCUCAAGUUCAAGUCCUUAUCAGGGCCAAUCUCGAUGCCAUUCUCAAGGCCCUCCAAGGCUCCAUCGCUACCAUUGUCGGCUCAACCCUUGAUUCGACUGGUAAUAUCACCGCAGCUGCCUCUGGACUCACACAAGCACAAAUCAACAAUCUUGCAGCCGCGGUCCAGGGUGCCGUUGCCGCUGUCAACCAACUCAGGAUUGUUGCCAGCCUCACUGCUACCGACCUCACACCCGCCGUGUUCAACUUGGUCCAGGGCCAGAUCACCGCCAUCCAAAACACCAUCAAACCCUUCAUCACCCCUGUUGCUGCUUUCGCCGAUGCAGUUUCGAAAUUCAACGCCAGACUCGGCAUCUAUGUUUUGGGACUAAGCAACGCGACUUCCACUCUUGUCAACACUAUCCAGAACUUACUUACUGGUCUUGGCCUCGGCGGUCUUGGAAAGCUUCUGGGUUAA